UCAGUGUGUGGGUGGCUGUGUGAGUGUGUGUAUGUGGCAUAUUAGUGUUGGUGUGUGUACGUACAGCAUGUGUGUGUGUGUAACCUAAUGAGCGAGUGUGUGCGUGUCUCUGAAGAUGGGCUGUGCAAGUGGAAGGGGUUAUAAUUAGGAGCAGGUGGAGCACUUACUGCUGACAGGGCAGGCGAGGCCAAAAAAAGCCUUUAACGGCGGACGACGCACCGGCGAGAAGCGGAACGGGACGGGCGGACCGCUGCGUAGCGAGGAAGCAGCUGCGAUGGCCAGCAAAGUGAUAGACCUGAUGUACUGGCGGGAUGUUAAGAGGACGGCCGUGGUGUUCACGGGCCUUGUGGUCGGCCUGGCCUGCCUGUUCCAGCUCAGCCUCAUCAGCGUGGUGUCCAACUUCCUCCUGGCCAUCCUGGGCUUCACCAUGUUCGUACGCCUCCUCUGCAAGGCCCUGCACCUCGUUCGCCUCAUUGAUGCCUCUCACCCUUUCCAGUCGUUCCUGGAUGAGGAUCCCACCCUGACAGAUGACAUCACCAUUCGCAUGGUGGAAACCAUCGUUCUCCUGAUUGCCACGUCCAUCACAGAGCUAAAGAGACUCUUGUUCGUUGAGAACAUGAUGGAUUCAAUCAAGUUCCUGGUGCUGCUGUACCUGCUGACCUAUGUAGGUGUCCAGACCAACGGCCUCACGCUGGUCAUGUCUGCGGUGAUUUGUGCCUUCUCUCUCCCUCUGUUUUACCGGCUGCAGCAGGGACGCAUUGAGAGGAUCGUGAAAGCAGUGAACGCCUCUUUAGAUAGAGGCAAACUAAUCCUUGACAGCAUCUAUGAGCUCAUCCACCCGUCUCCUCCACCGCCUCCUGCUUCGACUCCAACGCUGAAGGCCAAGCUGAAGGCCAAGUGAUGAGGGAGAACGACACAGGCGGGGGGGGGGCAGUGGGUUUUCUGGGGAGGGCAUUGGGGGGUGUGGGGUGAAUGGGCAGAAACUGGAGAUCUGUGAACAGAUAUGGAGAAUCUGUGAAAAGCACAGGAGGGGGAAAUAGAAAAAAUAUUAAAAUGUCUUAAUGUUCAGCCUGAUGGAAUACAGGUGGAGUGUAUCGGCCACUUAAGAAUGAAGCAAGAUUUUAAGAUCAUCACUUAAGAAUGGAGCAGGAUUUUAAGAUCAUAACUUAAGAAUGGAGCAGGAUUUUAAGAUUGUCUUAAUUGUGCAAACGGAUCGCUGAUCGAAAUGGUCAGGAAGAAUUCACAUUCAUAAAAACGUUGUCUUAAAAGAAAAAUCUUGAAAUGUCUUAAAGGUUUACCCCCUAAGCCCGUACACUAAUAAUGUCCCAGAAUGUAGUCUGGGAGUCGCUGGCAGCUCUGCCUCUAGGGAUCUGAGCCAGAUCCCAUCCAGAUUCAAUCAGGAAAAAAACACUGCAUUCACACUGUAACUUAAGUUCUUUUGAUCACCAAGUUCAUCUGCACUUUUGGAAUGAGAGAAUGGGCAAAGACACACCAAUAUAUUUAAACAUUUACGGAAGACAAAUUGGGGGAAGUACCACACACUCAGCGUAGCUGGUUAACAUGACGGGGGUCAUCUAGAACCUAAAUGGAGUAACUUUGAGUGUGUGAUACUUUUUCCUGUUGUUUUUUUGUAAUAUUAUUGGACAUGUGACAAUCAGAGGUAUACCUAUAAAGAUUGAGUGUGUUUUUAUAUAUUAUUUGAAAUGUGAAGAUCAGAGUUGUACCUAUAAAGAUUGAGUGUGUUCGUCCAUUCUCUUCCUCUCCCCGAGGGCCAGGUUUAGCAACAGGGCUCUUCAUUUCAGUUCUGUGAUUAUUGAACCUAAUUUAUUUAUCUUGGUCGUCAGCCGGUCAGCACGGAGGGAGUAGAAGCUCAUGUGGCACACACACACACAUGUGCAUUGUGUAUGCAGUGAGAAACUAGCCAUUCUGAGCUAUCUCUAUUAAAGCACUUUUAAGAGCAGCUGAGUUAUGUACACACGCACACACACACGCACGCACACACACACACACACACGCACGCACGCGCGCACACACACAAAUGAAACCAGCCUCUGUAAGGCAAGCUACAGCUGAGGCAAAAAAGCAAGUCCUCUUUGCAGAGAGGUUCUUUAACAUGUAUGACCUCUGACUGUCUGGAGAUAAAGCAGCUCCAGUUAUGCGCCUUCUGUUCAUGUUUACUACCAGUUGAAACAUUUACAUUUAUUUAUAAUCCUCUGAGAUGCAACUGUUGUCUGAAAAGAUUCACAUUUGCCGAGAAACACUGUCAUGUUCAACAAAAGUGUUUAAUGGGAUGCAUUUGAGCAUCAUCAUCAUCAUCAUCAUCAUCAUCAUAUACCAUGUAGGCCAUUGCACUGUGCCGGCAGUACACUUAUAUUUAUAUUCAAUUUAAGACUGCAAAACAUCUGUCCCACCGACAAAACAAAGUCAAAAUAUGUCCAGACCGGAAUGACUAAUUCUUUUUCCCCCACAAGAGGGCGGCAUUACACAUGAAACUUUUUCUUUUGAUACCGCCAGAAUAUCAUUUGUGUGUCAAAUGUUUUUUAUUACUUUAACAGAAAUAAAAUGAGACCCCUGAUAAACAGCA